AUGGACCGUUUUCCCAUAAGCUGUGGGUUUUCUGAGCAAAGUUCCUCUGAUGUCCAACUUCUCAAUGAAGACUCUUGUCCGUCCGAAGCUGCUGACAUUACUUUAACUGAGAGCCCCAAAACGUCUUCAUCAGUUUCAGUGGGAAGCCCUAAUGUAGUGACACUGGGCGCCCCAAGUUCAUCGGAAGAUACUACGAGCAAUCCUCAAGUUUUUACAUUUUUAUCAGAACAGCAAACAGACAAGCUAAGCGAAACCUCUUUUAUCAAAUUAUCUUUCGAAUGUGAAAAUUAUUAUUUAAGCAGGUUUAGGAGAACGGAUUUUAGUGGUUGCGCCAAACUAUCGAAUGACAGUGAUGUUUCUGUGAUCGAGCCUAACAGACCCGUCCAGCCGAGGAAAAACCGUAGUAGAGUGUCUCCUCAUCCGACAGCGAUACGAAAGCGCCGACUAGCCGCUAACGCCCGUGAACGACGCCGCAUGAACAGCCUCAACAUUGCCUUCGACCGACUGCGAGAAGUGGUUCCUUCGAUUGGAAACGACAGAAAACUGUCUAAAUAUGAUACACUGCAGAUGGCUCAGAGCUACAUCACAGCUUUAAGUGAACUGCUCAACAAAUAA